AUGGGAUUUUGUGGGAGAAUAUGUAGCUUUAGUUUGGCGUUUGGUGCUAUGUUUGUUAUUGCCAUUUGUGGUGCAAGAAUACAAAGAGACCCAUACUCAAGAAGGUUCCAUCUUUCUCUCAUUGAAAUGUUUGAUGAUCUGUUAGGAGAUAUUGGGUGGCAGAAGUUUGAGGAGGAACACAAAGGGAAAUUAUUCCUUCUAUCAGACCCUCGACCUAUUUGGGUACAAUCUAUAGCUACAAAGAUCAUUAUAGCAAUGAAUAGCGGGUUAAGGGCUGGAGACGAGUUCACGAUCAAUGGCCAUUUAUAUGCUAGUAGAGAUUUUGGAGAUAAAGGGUCGUUGUUGGCACCAAAAUCUGAAGGAGAUAAGGUUGAACAAGGGUUUAAGCAGAGACAAAAGCGGGAUCGAAACUAUAUAUGGAAACCUGCUACUAAAUUUUUGAACCGAAGAGAUUGGGAAGUCUAUGUGAUGGAUACUUCGGAAAUUAAUGCCGUAUGCUUCUUUGGUCGGAGGAUUGUUGUUCACAAGGGGUUGCUUGAGAUUCUAUACCAUGAUGAAGAGUUAGCAACUAUUAUUGCGCCUGAGAUUGGGCAUGCUGUGGCUAGGCAUAGCUCAGAACAUUUUGUGAUGGAUUUUGUUUGGGUUCUCAUUGCUCUGAUUCUUCUUAUUUUUGCUAUUCUUAAUGUUGGCAAUUCAACUUCAAGAAGAAAUCCAGAUGGUCCUGCAAAACUUUGGGGAAUGUUUAAGAAUUGA